AUGGCGGUAAUGGUGCCAGAUGAGGUUCAUUCAGACGAGCAGAAUGGCAAAGUGAAGCCACGAGUAAGAGUUUCCUGGAAAAAUGCAACGGUGGUCAUUUUGGAAGCGAUCUUUUCAAGAUGGCACGGAGUCACUUUGAAAACGGAGUUUUUGACUACUUUUUACCCGUAUGUUAAUGACACCAAGCUUCAUCGACAGCGCAUCGACCCCACAGUGACUGGUCGUGUCAGAACGCGCUUUGCCGGACACGAUGGCCCUGAGAGGCGGCUCAGUUCAUCGAAGCCGCCAGAACAGUUCCUUGCUCGUUGUUCAGGGUGUUGGACUCACCGGUCACAUCGCUCAAGCAUGUUCGCCUGUCUUCAAGUGGUGAAUCAGAUGCACCCAAUUUGCGCUGGUGAAGUAUUGACAACGCAUCUAUAUUGCCCCAAUCGGUAUUUCACUUGUGAACUGUUCCAACGAAUGGGACCCCAAAGCCAGUUUAUCAAUCAACUCAAUUCCAGUAGAAAAAACCGCCAAAUUUGGCAAGUUGAGGCGUGUUCAUCAAACGCUCUUUUCGAUGGGAUAAAUCAGGAUAAAUCACAUUUCAGCUGUGAUACCCCAUCUUGGGAGGUCUGCUUCUCCAAGGAAACAGUGAAACGUGCAGUUGAAUGUUCGUCGAAAGGAAGGAUCCAGCACAAUACAGCUUCUGUGGUUGCAGACAGCGAAAGCGGCGAUGGUCAUUGCGGUUUAUGUCAUGAGCUACCGCUUAACUUUCAUAUCGAAAUCGACCGGUCACUUUUG